CCAGCACACUUCGCGUUUUGAAUCGUGCAGGAUACCGUAGCAAUAUAGGAAGAAGCCGGUCAGCUGACGAGCUGUGAGGGAGUCACGUGAUUCGUACUGUGAGUUGAACCUUCAGCGGCGCGGACCGGGUGUAGAAGGCGUCUUGGCGUGUACUGGUCACCAUGGCAACGGCGAUAGUGAAGGAGAGCGCCAGCAUUAAGCAAGCAGUCUCCAUUAUGAAUGAAAUGGAUGAAGCCAAAUUCCCCAGACUGCUUUCUCGCAUUCUUCAAAAACUACACCUCAAAGCAGAACAGAGUUUUAGUGAAGAGGAAGAAGAAAAACUUCAAUUUGCCUUCUCACUUGAUAAACAAAAUCUGAAAUUAGUCUUGGAGACAAUCUCGUUCAUUUUAGAACAGGCUGUUUAUCAUAAUUUAAAGGCAUUGGUCUUACGUCAGCAGCUGGAGAAUAUCCAUCUUGAUUCUAAUAAAAUUCAAUCUUUUGUCAUUGCCUGGGAAAGUGCGGGGCAAGAGACCAUUGAGAAGUUCAGACAACGGAUUUUAACCCCAAAAAAGCUGGAGACAACUGCCUGGCAGCUCAACCUCCAGAUGGCUCAAUCCACCCAAGCAAAAAUGAAGUCUCCCCAGGCUGUGCUAGAACUUGGAGUUAGCACCGAAGACACAAAGAAUCGGGAGAAUGUUUUUAUUGAGUUUAACCACAAGGAGCUCUUGGAGUUUUAUAACAAGCUUGAGACCAUCCAAGCACAGCUGGAUUCCCUUACGUGAUGUCUUAAAGACGGGUUCUUCCACUGCACUCCUGCCACCUCAUUAUUUUGUAUAGAAGAUAGAUUGCCAAGCUGUGUUUGUUAAAGGAAUCAAUGGGCUGCUUCCUGUAAAAUUAUAUGGCUUAUCUCCUCUUAGACUAGCAACAUUAGCCGAGGGAGAUCAUUGUGAAGGAUGCCGAGAGUCUAAUUGACUUUCUUGUUGGAUCCUGUGAAUACAAGCUAUAUUAUGAAUUCUCUUAAUAAAACA